GCGUACAUGGCGCUGCUGUGUACGGACUGUAGGGGAAAUUAACUCGCUGUGACUCAACAAACUAAAAGCAUUUGGGGCUGUGAGCGCCGUCAACCUCCUUCGGCCUUAUUAACGCGCAUUAAAGCCCAUGUAAAGUUAGAUUUUUGGUGACCUGAGCGCGGCUGGAAGCGGGCAGAGUGACUGGAGGGUUUUUGCACAGUCACCGACACGCAGGACUCCAAUCACAGAGUGCUGUCCACCGGGCCUGCAGAGGGGAAUCUCAAUCCAGCCGAAUGAACAGAGCGACUGCAAAGCUUCUAAUUGAGCGCUACUUUCGGCAGUUAACUGAAGGCUGUGGAAAUGGCAACUGCACGAAUGAGUUUUGCGCAUCGUGUUGUGAUUUUCAACCUUUGGAUAACAAUACAGCAGCUGCCAAAGCGCUCGAGCUGUUUAAGAUUAAUGCCAAACUCUGUGAUUAUCACCCCUCCAUCGCGGCCAGCGCCGAACGAAGCACUCAGCAAGACGGCAAGAUGAGCGAUAAAGACCUCCGUUCCACCAAGGAGGACUUCUCAGAUGUUCAUCACCUCACAGAGAACACCAUCUGUAUGAUCCUAAGUUUCUGCGAGGAAGAACGGGAUUAUUCUGCUCUUGUCCGAGUUAUCGGCAGAGUUUUCUCCAACGCUGAAGCCCUGAUGAAAAGUUUCAGGAAAGAUGAACCUAAUUCUACCGAAAACCUUGACUCUUGUAAAACAGCAGGUGUGAAGAAGGAUGAGAAACAGAGUGAGAACAGCUCAGAGAAGACAGGCAACUCUGCUGCAGGUGAGGCCUCGAAUGAAAUGUUUGAUACCUGUGAGGUUACAGUGGAUAUCGGUGCUGUGAGGAGAGUCUACGACAGACUUCUGUCCAUCGACCAGGUGCAGGUGGCCCUUGUGAAUGCUCUCAUUUACCUCACUCCAAAUGUUGAACUUGACCUGGAAUAUCUUGACGUGUACGAAACAAACCCAGAUUACCUGAACAUCUUCAUUAUCGUCAUGGAGAACGGUAACCUUCACAGCCCAGAGUACCUCGAAGUGGCAUUACCACAGUUCUGCAAGGCGAUGAGCAAACUUCCGGUGACUGCGCUUGCCAGGUUGACCAAACUCUGGUCAAAGUAUGAUCUCCCGCACAUCCGCCGCAUGAUGGAGACCUUCCAGCAGCUCAUCACAUUUACAGUUGUUAGCAAUGAAUACAACGGGGAAAAUCUCGUAAAUGAUGACGAGACCGUGGUGGCUGCGACACAGUGUUUACAGGUCGUCUUCUACGCGAGCAUCCUCGGAGGGGAAGUGGAUGUAGAACACAAUGAGGAGGACGAGGAAGAAUCUGACUCAGAUGAGUUAACGCUGCACGAGCUGCUUGGCGAGGAGCGGCUCUACAAGAAGGGUCCCCGCAUCAACCCUCUGGAGAAAGAACUGGGCAUCCGACCUGUAGAUAGCGUAAGACCCCUCAUCCCCUUUGAGGAUUUUAUUAAUGAGUCCCUGAAUGAUGUUAUUGAAAUGGACAAAGACUUCACCUUUUUCAAGGUCAACGCCGAAACAAAGUUUUCUUUCCAGACCUGCCCCUUCAUCCUCAGUGUCAUCACCAAGAGCCAAGGGCUGUACUAUGACAACAGGAUCCGUAUGUACAGCGAGCGACGUCUCACGGCCCUUUUCAGCAUGGUCCAAGGUCAGCAGCCCAACCCCUACCUCAAGCUCAAAGUGCGCAGAGACCACAUCAUCGAUGAUGCCCUUGUCAGACUGGAGAUGAUCUCUAUGGAGAACCCAUCUGACCUGAAGAAGCAGCUGUACGUUGAGUUUGAGGGCGAGCAGGGUGUAGAUGAAGGUGGAGUUUCGAAGGAGUUCUUCCAGCUGGUUCUUCAGGAAAUUUUCAAUCCUGACAUAGGAAUGUUCACCUGCGAUGAUGACACCAAACUUUUCUGGUUUAAUUCAUCCUCGCUCGAGACUGAAGCGCAGUACACUCUGAUUGGAAUUGUCCUGGGACUCGCGAUUUACAACAACUGCAUCCUGGACGUCCACUUUCCAAUGGUUGUCUACAGGAAACUCAUGGGAAAGAAAGGGACCUACUUGGACCUGUCAGACUCACAUCCAGUUCUCUACCAAAGUCUGAAGGGAGUGCUUGACUAUACGGGCAAUGUGGAAGAAGACAUGAUGAUGACCUUCCAGAUAUCACACACAGACCUCUUCGGAAACCCAGUAAUAUAUGACUUAAAGGAGGAGGGAGACCAGAUCCCUGUUACUAAGGAGAACAGACAGGAGUUUGUGAAUCUGUAUGCUGAUUACAUCCUGAACAAGAGCAUGGAGAGACAAUUCAAAGCCUUCAAAAAAGGUUUCCUAAUGGUCACAAAUGAGUCCCCCCUGAAGUAUUUGUUCAGACCAGAGGAAGUAGAGCUGCUUAUCUGUGGAAGCAGGAAACUUGACUUUGAAGCGCUUGAAAAGACCACAGAAUAUGACGGAGGUUAUAACAGAGACAGUCAGAUUAUCAAAGAUUUCUGGGAAAUUAUUCACUCGUUUGGAGAGGAGCAGAAGAAGCUGUUUCUUCAGUUCACCACCGGCACAGACAGAGCGCCAGUUGGCGGGCUUGGCAAAUUAAAAAUGAUCAUUGCCAGGAAUGGCUCGGACACAGACAGGCUACCGACCUCCCACACCUGCUUUAAUGCACUGCUGCUUCCUGAAUACUCCUCCAAGGAAAAACUGAAAGAGAGACUCCUCAAGGCCAUCACUUAUGCCAAAGGGUUCGGGAUGCUGUGACGGAUCCACAGAGAAAGUUAUCAGAGCCCAAAAAAGGGAGUAUUGAGAAAAAUAGAAAGGGAAAUGCAGUGGGAAAAAAAUGCUGUAAUAACCCUGUGCCUAACCAAAUUACUGCAGUCUGCUGUUGGCCUUUCACACUUCAUACACAUUAGAUUUCCCCAUAAACUGUAUAUAAAAGAUGGACAUCACUUCUGGGUUUGAAAAGUGAAGCUGAAGUGCCUUAAACCUGCAUUCUUUCUGAUGACCAGUAGGGAGCGCCUCCCCUGGUUGGAUAAGAUAUUUUUAUGUAUUAUGUGACUAUCCACGGUUGAGACCAAGAAGCAGAGUUGCAGUCUUACA